AUCCACCCGUGAGCCGGCCGGUUCCGUCUGCCCGUGCGUGCGUGCGGCCGUCCGCUAGGCCAGUUCUUCUUCUCCUCAGCUCUUCGCCAGCACCACAAAGGAAUCCUUCGUUUCUCUCGCUCAAUUCCAAGCAAACCAAGCAGAAAAAAAUCGGCACCUCUCCCCGCCGAUCAGAGCUCGCCGAACCUUUGCCCUGCGCUGGUUCCGAGGCGAACCCACAUCGCCGGUCAUCGAAGCCCAGGUGCCAGUGCUGCUGCUGUUUGGCUUGUAUCCAGGUGAAGUGCCGGCAUGGGGGGCGUGUUUGGACGCCAUGACUCGAGCAAGCGGAGCUCGCAUGGUUCGAAGCUAGAGACGAAGAUGGUGGAGUCCAUGCGGCAGAGAGCGGCGCACGGAACUUCUGUGAAAUCGUUCAAUAGUAUUAUCAUGAAGUUCCCGAAAAUCGAUGAGGGUUUGAGGAAAUGCAAGACUAUCUUUGAGCAAUUUGAUGAAGAUUCCAAUGGUGAGAUAGAUAAAGAUGAACUAAAGCAUUGUUUUCAAAAGCUGGAAAUCUCGUUCACAGAGGAGGACAUAACUGAUCUCUUUGAAGCUUGUGAUAUAAAUGAACAUAUGGGCAUGAAGUUCAAUGAGUUCAUUGUCUUUCUGUGCAUUGUUUAUCUUCUCAAUGAUCCGCCUGCGUCAGAAGCAAAGGCAAAGAUGGGAUUAGGGAAUCUCGAGUCAACUUUUGAGACCUUGGUUGAUGCAUUUGUCUUCUUGGAUAAGAAUAAAGACGGGUAUGUGAGUAAGGAUGAGAUGAUCCAAGCAAUAAAUGAGAGCAUACCAGGAGAACGCUCUUCUGGCCGUAUAGCCAUGAAAAGAUUUGAGGAAAUGGACUGGGACAAGAAUGGAAUGGUUACCUUCAAGGAAUUUCUAUUCGCGUUUACUCGCUGGGUUGGGAUUGGCGAAAAUGAGGAUGACGAUGAAUGAAAGAUGUGGAAAUGACAGCUGAUUGAAGAGUUAGCUGAUGUUCAUUGAUUGCUUGGUUGUAUAAAUGUUUAUGUUCUUAAUAAUAGAAGAGUGAAUGACUGACGUGUCUGAAAUCAUAAUAUCAACAAUGUCUGUAACAAUUUCACUUCCACAUUAGUAGUAAAGAAUAGAAAGUCACUCGUAUGUUUUUUAAUGUGUGCUAGUAAAGAAGCAUAUCCUGUGCCAUGUACUGCAUCCUAAAAAAUGUGUUACUUAUAGACAGGGAAAUUGUACUGAA